AUGCCUGAAUCAGAGCUCUUCCCCGUCAUCUGCACUGUAGAUAUCCCAACCUCCAUCUUGGAAAAUUUUCUCAAGGAUGCGUAUACUAGCAGCGAGCAGCUGGUCCCAGGCACCUCUCCGAGCCUCGUGAUCCUUACGACCAGCAAUACCAGCGAUAAAGGCAGCGACGCUCUUACCUCGAGCGCAUCGCGAUCACCAUUACAGCCCUUUACCUCGCCAUUCCUUGGUAAAUCUGUUGAAAACGCCGCUCAACAUCCUGUCUUUCAAAAUGCUAGCUUAUUCGUUGUCCUGGACGAGCGCUCCACCCGUGACAACACUGCGCUGCUAGCGGCUCGGGACCCGAAUGGCACAGUCGACACAGUUCGUGUAACCUUUUCAGCAGUCCAGAGGACGCUCAUCUCGCUCGAUAUAUGUUCCAUCGGAUUUGCCGAGAUUCAGAGCAUCGCUGAUGCCCAGGGCAAUGAUGGGGUCUAUGGGACGCCUGUUUCUACGCAGGGCCCGCAGAAGGGCUGCCCGGCCCCUCGGAAGAAGUUGGGUGCUUAAUUUUACGAGGAUGCACUCAGUGGCGUAAUUGUUAUGACGAGGGUUGUAUAGAAAAUUGCUCUAGUUUUCUAUAUAUACAUAUCAUUUCCUCUGC